AUGGCCGAUCCUAUUGCUGUUUUGGGAGAUGACCAACCAAAUAUUUUAGAUCAACCGAUCCAUGGUAUUAUUAUUCCAUCCACUCUAUUUGUUGUAGGUAUUUCUAUUAUCUCAUAUAUGACAGGUGAUGUAAGAUAUCUAGCUGGUAUUCUGUUAUUUGCAGCUUUAUUAGGUGUUAGAGCACUAAGGGCAUUUCAACGUAGACAAUCUUUAUUCACAGACAGAUGGACUCCACUAGAGUUGGAAGAUCAAACUUUAAUCUCUAAAAAUACAGCUCUAUAUAGAUUUAGAUUAAAGACCAAGAUUGAAAGUUUACCUAUUCCCGCUGGUCAUCAUGUUGCCGUCAGAGUUCCAAUCGAUGGCGAAAAUGUAGUCAGAUACUACAAUCCAAUUAGUUCUAAGAUUGAAGCUGGUUACUUGGAUCUAUUGAUAAAAUCAUAUCCAAAUGGUGUUGUUUCUAGAUAUUUCGCAAGUUUACAAACUGGUAUGACAGUAGAUUUCAAGGGCCCAAUGGGUAAAUUCAACUAUGUUCCAAACUCUUACAAAACUUUAUCUAUUGUGGCUGGUGGUACUGGUAUUACACCAGUUCUUCAAAUAUUAAACGAAGUUAUUACUGUUCCUGAAGAUUUCACUAAAGUUCAUUUAAUCUAUGCUAACGAUACAGAAAAGGAUAUCUUAUUAAAGGAAGAACUAGACGAAAUGGCUGAGAAGUAUCCAAAUUUUGAAGUUCAUUAUGUAGUUCGUCACCCAAAACAAAGCUGGAAAGGAGAUUCUGGCUUAGUUACAAUGGAUCAAAUGAGUAGAUAUUUACCACCCUACUCGCAAGAAAAUAGAUUAAUAAUCUGUGGUCCAGACCCAAUGGAGAGAUUAGUGCUCGAACACGCUAGACAAUUGGGUUGGAAACAAGACGGCUCUGCCUCUUUCGCUGAUGACCAAGUCUUUGUGUUUGAAUAG